UUGACUUUCCGCUGCACGGUCUUCAUUUGCCUCGUUUUAAUCCACUUCGUUUGGUUUCAAGCUUGCGUUGGCUCCAGGAUCCUCCUCUUCCCCGUCUUGAGUGCCUGGUGUGUCGUGACUGCCUAACUCCAACCAAAUGCUUUCAUGCGUGUGAUUGCGCCGUCUCUCUCAAGCAGCCUUGGCCACGUUGAGGAACCGAGGGCGCAGCGCCGCUCCGCGGUGUCCACCGACAGCCUUUUCAGGGAGAUACACAGCGACUCCGAGGAUGAAGACGACGAUGUGGGCUACGCCGACCCCGUUCAGGACGACCUGUACGCUCGCAAGAUGGGAGUCAAACCCCCGGCAACCGGCGGUGUCGGCGUCCCAUAUCACAUGUUCUUACCAAAGCUCUGGACGCCGGCGGAGGACGUUCGCAUCCAGAAGAUCAGGCUGGGCUCCCAGAGGAGGACUUGGUACAAGAAGAUGCAAGGGUUCAGCAAUGACCAGUCUGCCUCCUCGUCGGAUGAUUCCGACCCCGGUGCCUCGAGCCCCUCCCCCUCUUGCGCCUCCUCGCAUAAGACCGUCGUUGUCGUGCACGGGAAAAGUCCACCUAUGCACCCACAACCCCCUCCACCACUCUCCAAGACCACCCACUUAGGAGCCCCACCUAUGGUUUUCCCCCCAGUGGACCCCACCGCCGGUCCCAGACUGGUCAAAUGCCAGAAGUGGCCCCUCCUCGGGCGCCAAGACCCCCGCGAGCCGCCUGAUCCCAUAGAUUACGAGAGCAUUAUCCCCGACUUGGAGAACGACGACAUGUUUGCGAGGCGGACCCUCGCCUUCCAGUCCAACGCAGAGCUGGCGACGGUCAAGACCCCGUUGUGUGCAAGGCGGCGCCUGUGGACGUCCGAGGAACAGCUCAAUAUCGUCACCCAGCGUCACGACGCCAACAUGGCGGACGAGGACUUCCCGGACAUCGAGCAGGACGACGUGGUCCAGCAUAAGGAGAAAAUCCGUCAAGCUCACCAAAGACGACCCCUCUCCGGCGCCCCGGACAACUUCUCCCCGAUGCCCGUCCCCGAGCCGUGGGACCUCCCCGCGGAUCUGAAAACCCGACUCCUGUGCCCGCCGUGCCCUCUCACUCGGCAGGGCUCCGCGCAUAAAUCCGUCAAAAAGGAGGCGUGUCCCGAAUCGGACGACAUGCUUGUGCGAAAGUUUACCGCGUGUUCGCAGAAGAGCUCAGCCAAUCUGUCGAGCCCCUCGGUGCCGACUUCCUGUAGCGACGGCGACCUGCAGAGGUGGCGCGAUAUUAGGAAAGCUAGUCAGCUGAGAUAUAAGAAGAGGCGCAUGGUAGAAAUGCUAGCCGCUCUCAAGCUAUAGCUUUUAGCUAUUGGAAAUAUUUGUUGUUUGGAACUUCUAAACACACCGGAGCACGUUUAUGUUGAGCAUACCAACUUAUUCUUGUACACUAAAAAUUGCCCGCUCAAGUUGAUGUGGACAUACCUCUUUUGUCGACAUAAAAUCUGAAAUUCUAAAUUAUCCGUCAACGCCCGUCUUCGUCGCUCGCACGUUUUUUUUUGGUUUUUUUUGCAAAAAAGCUGUAAAACGUUUCAAAUAUUUAAUCAAGAUUAAUUGCAUUUUGCUCAUAGUUAACUUAGAAUGGCUAUCAUUAAUGAGUGUACCCGAGACGGAUGAUUUUCAAGUUUUAAAUGACUGGACAAUUAUUUUGGCUUUAAUGUAACAUGCUUGAACGUCAUGCUUUUUAAUCAGCUUAAAAAAAAAUGGACACGGACACACUUUUAAUGGUAAUAAAAAAUAUUACCUGCAGUG